AUGCCUACGAAACUAAGUAAAAAGAUUCAAGGUCCAAGCCUUUAUAAAACAUUUAUCGAUGCUUAUAUGAAAGCUCGACCUAAUGAAAAACGAGCUGACAAACAUUAUGAUGCACAAGUUGAAUGGAAUGAAAUAAAAUGGAAUGAAGAAUAUGUUAAAGAAAAAAUUGAAGAAUAUUUAGAAAAAUAUAAUCAAUUCGAAGCACCUUCAAAUCAAGAUCUUGAACGUCCAUCAUCACCUCUUUCGUCAGCUCAACCAAAAAAUAGUCGAUCUCGACCAAAAAAAAAACCUAAAAUUGAUCAAUCUAAUGAUACGACAAAUGAAGAUGAUAAACAAUCAAAGGGUGUUGAUGAUUUGGAUGAAGAUGAUCUAGAAGAUGAAGAUGAGGAUGAGGAUGAGGAUGAGGAUGAUGAAGAAAAGAAAAAUAAAAAUAAAAAAAAAGCUUAUUUUAUUAGAAAACGUAAGCCGAUUGAAGAAGUAAUAUUCGAAGAUGCAAAAGGAUUACCAGCUGUAUCUGGUGUUUCAUUAGAACCAUUAGCAAAGCAAAAAAGACAACCAGCACAAGACCGUGCUUUUAAAGAAUUAAGUUCUAUUAAUGAACGUAUUGCUUCAUUAGUACAAGUUAGACAAAUGGGUUUAUCAACACCAGAAAAUAGAAGACAAUUAAAACAAUUAAUGAAAGAGAGAAGAAAAAAAGCUUACGAAUUAAAACGUCUUCAAUCAAAACAAAAAGCUUCAAAUAAAUAUCGAAUUAAACGAAGAAAAAUUGUUGAACAUUUAUUUGAAACAAAACCUGAAUUACAUCCACAAUUGAAUAAACUUUAUCGGCGUGGUGCUGGUCGACCACGAAUUGAAGAACAAUGUCCUGAUUUAUUACAAAUUAUUGAAGAAAUUGCAAAAGUUGGUGGAGCAAGUGAUGAUCGAAGACGAUCAGAAACUAUUCGCCCUUGUUUAACAUUAGAUGAUUUAAGAGAAAAAAUUAAACAAAGAGGUUAUGAUAUUAAACGAACAACACUUUAUUAUCGGUAA